GCUUCGUCCGUCGUAAACUACGUCUUGACAUCUCUCGUUGUCGACGUUUUAUUCGGGUACUCGUUCAAUUUGAUGUACCUUGGUCGUGUCCGCAAAUUGCUCGCUAUCGGGAAGGAAAAUGAUAGCGCCCAUUCUUGACCAAUAACUCCCGUUUUACCAGCCCUUCCUCUGCGGGCGUGCAUGCAGAUAGACAAAAUUGACUCGACAAUCUUGCCUCUGCUUCUCUCAUUCACGUAACCAAUCAGCUUUUCCCCACUCAUUUCUCGUUGUCGCCAUGGUCCGCUUACGGCGAUAUCGAUACUACGUCUUUUUCGCUGCCAUCGUGGUUUUUUUGCUUUAUCGUGUUGCUCGAAACAGUGAGCAGUGGGAGACAGUCUCGGCAUCGUUUCCUCAUACCGUACCUCCGUUCACGCCCAAGCCACCACCAGCACGCGACUCUGGCGGCAAUACUCAAGCCCAUACUGAAGUAAAGGGAGUUUCUACUGAAGAUCGUGAUGUUCCCCAGCAAGUAUUAGAUAAGCCCGACGAGGCCAACUCUCCAAACAAGGUUCCAGAAUUCAAGGGCGAGCACCGGCUUGCUAGCGACCAUGGCGAUGGCGAUAUCGAGCUUCCCCCCAAAUCAGAUUCUGCUGUUAAAGAUCCUGCCGUUAAGGAGGCAGGUGUCGUAGCCUACGAUCAUAAUGAAGCUACUAAAGUUGGAACUGCUCCUAUCAUCAACGUACCGGACAAAACCAAUGGCCAAGGGGCCAAGGAUGCAGAUAACAAACCCAUAAAGGUUCCCACCAAUACCGAUAUUCAUUGGACGAAGAUCCCCGAGCACUUUCCUGUCCCUGCGUCAGAAUUGAUCCCUCUCCCCACCGACAAACCUAAGAAGAUUCCGACUAUACAAUACGCUUUCGAGAAGGAGUCUCCUACAGCUCGGGAGACACGUGAGACGCGCCAACAGCAGGUCAAGGCUGAGAUGGAACGAAGUUGGGCGGGCUAUUGGAAAUAUGCCAGGGGCCAUGACGAGCUGAGUCCCGUCACUAAGUCAUUCCGGGACCCGUUUUGUGGAUGGGCUGCUACAUUGGUUGACUCGCUCGAUACGUUGUGGAUUAUGGGAAUGGAAGAUGAGUUCAAGGAGGCUCUGCUAGAGGUUGAGAAGAUUGACUUUACCGUCAGCAAACGAGCCGAAAUUCCCGUCUUCGAAACAACAAUUCGAUAUCUGGGCGGAUUAAUAGCUGCAUAUGACGUAAGCAGUGGUGACAAUGGUGGGUAUGAUAUCCUACUCCAGAAGGCCGUAGAGUUGGCUGAGAUCUUGAUGGGUGUCUUCGACACUCCUAAUCGGAUGCCUGUGCUUUACUACAACUGGAAACCCAAAUUUGCCUCCAAACCUAAGAGGGCUGGAACCAGUGUCAGCGUGGCCGAAUUGGGGUCUCUUGCGAUGGAGUUCACUCGACUCGCUCAGCUCACCAAGAAAAAUAAAUAUUACGAUGCAGUUGCGCGUAUCACAGACGCUUUCUAUGAAUGGCAAGAGCAGGGUACAUCAAUUCCGGGUAUCUUCCCUGAACAUAUCGAUGCAAGUGGAUGCAAUAUCACUGCGCAAAACGAACUUGAAGCUGCCAAGAAAGUCCCGGAUACGGACACGAAUGAUAAAUUCAAUCAUGACCGUGCUCGACGCAUCGGGGCGACUGUGAACGAGCAUGAUGAGCUUGAUUUUGAAUCUGAAGUGAAUCCAGAAGUUCGCACUGGCAACCCGAACAAGGCCAAACCUCACAUCAUGAAACGUUCUCAAAGGAGCACUGCACUGAAGAUGAACUCUGGGAAGCAGGUAAACUCGGAAACCGCCGAGGGUGAACGGAUUGCUGGGGAGAGUACCCUACCUGAAUGCGUUUCUCAGGGAUUAACACCUGGUCGGGGAAUGCAGCAGUAUAGUAUGGGUGGAUCGCAGGACUCUACUUACGAAUAUUUCCCCAAACAAUGGCUGCUUCUCGGUGGUUUGGAGCCAAAAUACAAAGAACUACAUUUGAAGGCUACCGAAGCUGUUAAGAAGUGGUUAUUAUAUCGGCCCAUGGUUCCAGAUGAACGCGAUAUCCUAUUCUCCGCUAAGCUCGUCACAAGAGGCGAGCCCGAAACCGACGCUAAUAUGCAAUAUGAAGUUACGCACCUUACCUGCUUCAUAGGAGGCAUGUUUGGCAUGGGCGGAAAGAUCUUCGAAGUGCCAGCUGACGUCGAAAUUGGCGCAAAGCUCACCGAAGGAUGUGUGUGGGCGUAUGAAAGCACUGCCACUGGUAUUAUGCCAGAGGGAGGUCACUUAUUCCCCUGCUCUGAUCUCAAAACAUGUCAUUGGAAUCAGAAACUGUAUGAGCAAGAACUAGAUCCUUUAUUCGAAAGUCGUGAUGAAAAAGUUCAGGAGUAUUAUGAUCGAAAGGCAAAGGCCAAAGCUGCCAUGGAGAAGAAAAAGAAGGAUGAAGAGUUUGAACGCCACCAUGCUCAGAUAAAGGAUGAGGCAGGACAACCUAGGAAACCUGCCCUAGACGAUAAACUGUGGCGAGGGUCACAUUUAGACCACGAAAAUGCUGGAAUUCAGAAGCGAGCUGCUAUCCCUAACAUGGGGGGCCUAGAAGAUGAUUUGGCUGAAAGCAGUUCCGCUAAGGGCACUAAGAGCGCCAAGUUCAUAGAAACUCAGGACCUCGAAGACAGUGAUCCAGCUCCCGGAUUUGAAAGGUCCACUGCGGGCCAAGUGCCUUUGCAGAUAAAUGAGGAUGAAGACGAGGACCCCUCACGGCCCUUAUCUCACGAGGAGUAUGUUGCUCAAAAGAUGGAGAACGAGAAGCUGCCGAAAGGCUUCGUUGAUGUGACUUCAAGAGACUAUAUUCUACGGCCUGAGGCCAUCGAGUCUGUUUGGUAUAUGUACAGAAUAACCGGAGAUAAGAAAUGGCAAGACAAAGGCUGGAAGAUGUUCAAGUCGAUUGUUAAGCACACCACAACCGAUGUCGGAAAUAGUGCCAUUCACAACGUAUUGGAUACACACCCGACCAAGUUGAAUGAGAUGGAGAGCUUCUGGACUGCCGAAACACUGAAAUAUUUCUAUCUGCUAUACUCGGAGCCGAAUCUGAUCAGCUUAGACAACUAUGUCUUGAAUACCGAAGCACAUCCGUUCAAACGACCAAAAGCGCCCUUUGGUGUAUAAUUUUAGGCCAUCUG